UCUUCCCGUACAGUUUAGUUGUAGGCUGCUGCAAUAUUUCCGUGAAGAGUUAUUGCUUGUGUCUGUCAGGAGUGAUGUGUUAUCACGUUUGCUAAAUAAAUACGAGACGACAGUGGAGUGGCUUGCCCUUUGCUAAAUGAGGAGCAUUGUGCCCGUAGCGAAACCUGUGAUUUCCGUGAAUCUGAUUGGUCAAGACACAGAACAGAAUGCACAUAACCUGCAGCACUCCGAUAUAAAGAACAGAUAGGCCUACAUUGUGCGCAAGAUGACAAAUUGAGUCAUACAGCUCAAGUCACGUCACAAGUUAUAGAUGCUCAAGUCGAAGUGGCAAGUUUUUUUGUAUUUUUUUGCCAAGUCAAGUCGUAAAAUUUGCGACUCGAGUCCACAUCUCUGAAUCCUGCUGCUGAUGACCUUGAAUUUAGUAGUACAGAGCCUGUAAACACAUCGGAUGAAAGCUUUCACCCUGGAAUAAGCUCAACGUCAUCUGACUUUGAAACAAGCCAGGACAGCCAAAGAGGCAGCUGCUGAGCUGUAUUCGAGGUGGAAACUGCCCUGGACCAAAUGUCAGCUCCCUACAGAUCCCUGGGGACGUCAGCUUCUUUGCCAACCACCUCGCUGUCCCUACUAUGGAGUUUGCAUUUGAACAGACCAAAGCAGAAGAGAAAAGCAGUUUUCUCUCUGAAGCCCUGUUUUCUGCAGAGUCACCGGAGACCUUGGAUCCCCUCUUCAAAUUCCAUGAGACUAUCGCUAAGAUGACAGCAGAGGUCAUUCUUCGACUCGUCAAUGAUCCAGUACUUCCAUUCUAUCCUCUUGAUAUCGCCCUGGAUGUCCAGAAUAAACUCAAAGAUGAUCCCCUGAGGACCCCCAGACUGCUGGCAGCAGCUGCCUACCUCAGAGAGAGCUCAGCCUUCCUCCAGUCUGAGACCAUGCGUCCAGCCAAUGACCCCAAGGAGAGGGACCCCUCCCAUGUCCGCAUGCUGAACGACGUGCUCCGGGACCUGGAGAAGAGCUUCAUGGUCCCCCAGCCCCCUCCAGGUGUCUACAGGAACCUGUUGUACAGUCUGAAUGGGAAGUUCCCCCAGUUCUCCAUACUGAAGUACCCCCUGGAUCCACUAAAACACAACGCUGUAAACAAGUCUCUGUCACUGAUAAUAAACGCCAUCAAUUCAGCUGAAAAACUAAUUCGCUGUGGGCUUGACCUCUUUGAAAACAGUCCAGAUGACACAAAUUGACCCAACGAAACCAAUCAGCCAAGGUUAGAGGCACUGUAUGACUGCACUGCCUAGACCAAUGGUAUCUGCAUACGUGCCUCAGAUACCUAAGUUCACUCUGCACAAUGAAGUGUGGCACAUUUUUUUUUUACAAAGAGAUCACACUAAAGCAAUAUGAAGAGACCGGGACACCUUCUCGCACUAUUCUUCUUGAGCGCCUAAUGUGUUCAGGUUUAUGAAACAUUCAAUAAGCAAUGUUGAUUUCUUCUAGAUCCUUCUGGCUGUCAAUGAAAGUGCUGGGCUAUCCAAGAUGUCCUAAUGCCUCAUUUAUACAUGUCUGUCUGGCUGUCUGGAACAACGCCAGACAGGCAGGCACGUAUAAACUGAGAACGUGAAGAAGCACUGGAACACAGGAGUGAGCUAAAUCUACAAGACAGAGCGAUUCACAACCACGCAGAGCUUGAUAGAUAAACAUGCAUUUUGAAGUGAGUAAUGCCUCACUGACUACAGCAUGUUUUUACACGAGUGGAUAAACACUAUAAGGCCAGCUGGAUGUGUUUAUGCUCAUAUGCACUAUUGAACAAUCUCUGCCUCUGUCUAAACAUUCAAACAAAACAUACAGUAUGACACCAUUCCAUGCUCUUAGUUCUGCUGAAAGCACAACAACCCUCUGUUCUGCUCUCAUUGUACCUUGUGAUUUUCUACAGGCAAGGCAAAUGUGUAUCUAUGACAGAGCAGAGGAGAACAUGAUGUUUGGAUUAUAGUAAGUGUGUGAGAAAUUAGCUAUAUUUACAGAGGCAUGAUUGGUGAGGUAAACAGUGACAGCGGUGUGACAUGGCCUGUUUUGACAGUUGACAUGCUCAACCGUACUUAUAAUAGUCAUACGCAUUACCGUCUUGACUGCAGACCCAAGCUGGCGUUAAGGAUGCUUAAAUUUGAUUUGAUUUUGAUUUGAAGUCCCUGAAAACUGCAUUUUGUAUGAUUAUAUUUUUCAGUGUCUCAUGCACUAUAUGAUUGAAUCCAAUAACCAGCACAGUAAAGUGUUCUCUACCAGAUGUGUGCUUUUAUUGGAUGUUUUUUUCUUCUACUUUGAUAUAUUGAAAAAUAAUAAUUCAUCUUUGAUAAUGUCUCGUACCCAAAGUGAAAUGUGAUAUCCGUAUUUUUCUAAUAACUCUGAAUUACUUGGAGUCCUCCAUGAUCAAUGUUAUUAAAAACAGGCAAGUCUCUGCAAUACUUUGAUAUAGAAGUAAUGGCAAUACCAAUGGACAAGAGUAGUGUGGUUGUCUACAAAACAAACCUCACUUUCUCUAUUUGUACAUACAGUAAGGAUGGACUGAUGAUGAAAUGUGUAGUAUUACAGUAGCUGUUAUUUGACUUAACUUAUUUGUUAUGCUUUGUUCAUGGUAGACUUCUUCAUGUGUUAUUUUUGCAUGAGCGUUGACAUUCAUUGGGAUGAAUCUUGUCUUCGAGGCAGCGCUGAGCGAUUUCCACUACAAGCGCUCGAGGCAAAGUCAAGAUUGUCUAUAUUAUAUCGUACAAAUUAUUAGAUUUUUUUUUUUAAUCACUUUUUGGUCUUAAUUUAAGGCUAGGGUUAGGCAUAAGGUUAGCAGUGUGGUUAGGGUUAUGUUUAAAAUCAGAUUUUAUUACAUUGUGGCUGUGCCAGCUAGUGACUACCCUUCAGAGCUGCCUCCAGUACAUCAAUCAUACCAAUAAAUGACAACCUGCAUAUUGCAAUGUACGUCAUUUGUUUUGCUUAUUUUUUGAGGGUUUAAGUGAUAUUUUCUUAAUUGCAGGGUUAUGUAAUGCUGUUGUGUCCAUCUCAAGGAUAAAUGUGGAUUUUGAAGGUAGUGGAACUGUCCCCAAAAGUCUCCUAUGCCAAUGUAAUCCUUUGUCCAUCAUCAUUAUUGUCAUCAUUAUAAGACAUUUGCACUAGAGAUUGUGUUUUUGAUAACGUUUUUACAAAUUUGUGAUAUAAAGGUCACUGGAAUUCAUAAUAAGGAUUUAAUGAUAUUUUGUUAAAAAAAUUGUACUUGACUUAACUUUUCAAAAGAAAUGUAAUGGCUAUUUAGGAACACUUCAUUCAGGGACUACAAUAUUAGCUAAGCUUUAAAUUAUGUACGUGCCUUUAUUUGAAAAUCAUGAAUGCUUUAAGAAAGGUUCUUCGGCUGAUGUCAAUAGUACAUGUGUACAUUGUUAUUUUGCUUGAAUAGAAGAAUCUGUUUGAUUUCGAUACCAAAAAUGAAGUGUGUGCUGUAUAAAACCCUAUUAGUUUAGGAUUAAUUCAACAACAGUAGGCCUACUACAUUUUUAGUGGCAUGAAAAUAAGGAGAAAUUAUAAAAAGCCAGUUGUCUCAUUCCUUAAAAUUGGUCAAUUAAUACUCUUCUGAGGACUUCUACAGAGGACCAUUUCAUAACUUCAUUACAGGAUUUGUAUUAGUUUAUUUUAUCAUUAAGAAGCGAACAUUGUUCAUGCAUAGUAGCAUAUAAAAUGCCCUUUAUAACAGGCGAACAGGUGAAAUGUUUUUUUGUUACAUAAAAAAAGGUUUUUAUAAGGUAACAGCAACAAGCCUUUGGUAUGAGUUAUCUGGAAGCAUGGUAAGUAUGGACGUAGUUCCAUCAUUCACUGUAGUAUGUAGUAUGAAAUGGCAGAUUGUUAUGCUCUUACUGUACCUCCAAAUAUAGUAGCUUUUAGUUGGACCAUGAGCUUCAAAUAGGCUAUAUCAAAUGUCUUCAAUUGUACAGUUAUUUAUGUGAUGCUUUGUACAAUCAUAUAAUAUUACACAAGUUAGAUGUGUUGCAUGAUGUGUUACAUGAAAUACUGCAUUGACUGGCAUGAAUAUUGCAUGUAUUUGCACUAAGAGUCUUGAUUGUGAGUUUACCAAGUCUUAUAUUGUUGUAAAUUGUGAUCAUGUCUCUAGUCUCUUAAGUAAUAGAUAUCAGGGUUUUGGCCACUUGAAAUUCCUUUGGGAUUUGUUUCUUUAAAUAUCUCUUAAUAUAGCUGGUCAAGCAGGAACUAUCAUGUAUUGAAUCCCCAUGUCAUUGGUAUCAUAUGCAAUAAACGCUACAUUGGCAUGA